AUGAGCAUUGGGGCCAUUAAAAGAGCACUGGAAGAAUGUUUACCACAUUCAUUCAUUUAUGUUUUCACUGAUGCCAGAUCCAAAGAUUAUUACCUAACUGAGGAAGUCUUGGCUUUAAUUCAAAAUAAGCAAAGCCAGGUUGUCUUUGUGAUGACUGGAGAUUGUGGGGAUGUAACUCAUCAAGGUUAUCGAGCUUAUGAAGAAAUUGCUUCAACAAGUUCUGGACAAGUAUUCCUUCUAAAGAAAUCCCAAGUGAAUCAGGUGUUGAAUUUUGUGAGGGUAGCAGUUCAAGCUCGGAAAGUAAACUUGAUGUCUAUUGAUCACACUGAGGGAAAAACCACAGCCUUCAAAAUACCUGUGGACCCCAAGCUGCAGUCGAUAACUGUUUCCGUCAGUGGCACCAAGCCAACCAUUUUCUUGAGAGAUCCAAAAGGAAGACAGAUGAGGAAAGGAAAUGGAAUGAAGGAAUUGUUAAAUCUGAAAAAUGUUAGAAUCUACAACAUAGAGAAGCCUAAACCUGGAAUGUGGACACUGAAGGUUUCAAGUACAGAUCAACACACCAUACGAGUAACAGGGUUGAGCUCUCUUGGAUUUACAGCUGGAUUUUCACGCAGACCCACAAAUAGUUUUAUCUCAACUGAAUUCAGGCCAAUCAAAGGUAAUUCUCAAUUAUUAUUUAAAUCGAAGUUAAUGAAUUUUUUGUCAUAA